CAGUUCCACUUGAAGUGCACUGACGUUCGCGUGACACAGCAGCUGAGGCAGUGUGAAAACAGUUUUCAAGACUUAUUUUUGCCAAGGUAAGAGGCACGCACGUUAGAUUUGCUCAGGCUUAUGGCGCUUUGCCGGAAUCCUGUUAAAAUAGUAACGCGUUACUGUGUACUCGUUAAAGUUGUGGUACUUUUGUCUUUUUGUUUUACCUAAGAGAUUGAAAAACACUUUCUGUGAUGCCGCUGUAUGUUCAUAUAUUCAACGUAUUAAUUAUGAAGGGUGAUCACCGCCAAAAUUAGUUAGCGAGAUUCGGCAGUGCCUGCAUGCCAUUUGACACUACACACGCGACAUUCGGAUCGGCUUACAUGCCAUUCGCCAAUGCUUACAUGUCAUUCGGAUCGGCUUACAUGCCAUUCGCCAAUGCUUACAUGUCAUUCGGAUUGGCUUACAUGCCAUUCGCCACGCAAACACGCAAUCAAUAUGGACAGCGGAUUAUUUCAAUAUGAGCCUUGCGAACACACACACGAUCAGCGGGUAUUCGCUAAAUACUUAAAGUUUGUUGAUUGUUAGUUGCUGAAAUUUGUAGUGCGUUUACGUAUAAAUACAUGACUGUUUUCUCUUUUAAUAGCUAGUCUUACAAGACUGUUUUCUCGCCAUAUUAUGAUCGGUUUCUUUUCUUGGUAUUAAAGUGAAGCUUGACAAAUUUUAUAUUAGAUAAUCUUGGUUGUGAGUGAAGAAAGAUAAUCAGAUAGUAAGUUGUCUUAUAUAAAAUCCAUCAGGUGAUUAGGGUAGAUAAAACAUGAGGAUGAAAGGGACAAAUAGUUUUGAGGUUUUUAACAGGAGGGCAGUUAAGUCCUAUCCCCCCCCCCCUCCCGAAUAAAAAAAUCUCCAAAUUUACCGUGAACAGUCAGCUAUAGCCACUUAUUAUAAAGCAAUAUAACUAUAAUUACGUAUUAUGUUGCAUUUUCAGUAAAGAAUGUUCGAGAAUUGUAAAAUUUAUAAGGUAAUGCAGUAUUUUCCUUUAUAGUUCAUGGUUGAAAAUGCCAUUUUAGAGGGACUAUAUUUCUAAAUGUUAACUGCCCCCAAAAUGACACAAAUGUCGUAAUUGUUUAAACCUCAAAACUAUUUGUCCCUGUUAUCCUCAUGUUUUAUCUACGUACCCUAAUCACCUGAUAGAUUUUAUAUAAGACAACUUACUAUUUGAUCACUUUUUCCACCCGUAACCAAGAUUAACUAAUAUAAAAUUUGACAAGCUUCGCUUAAAAGGACAACGAUCAUAUGAACUGAGAAAACAGUCUUAUAAGAUUAGCUAUUAAAAGAGAAUACAGUCGUGUACUUAUACGUAAACACACUACAAAUUUCAGAAACUAAAGGCCCAUUUCCACUCAUUUCCGCAGAAAGAAAAGUUUGUAAAAUGUGAUUGGCUGAUACAGAUUUUCCGCUGGAAAAAAAAUUUGAAGUUGAAAAUUUUCAACUUUUAAAAAUGAUAUUUUCCGAAAAUUUUCUGUCCUAAUAAUCAACAAACUUUAAGUAUUCAGCGAAUACCCGCUGAUCAUAAGUAGUGUGUGUUUGCAAGGCUCAUAUUGAAAUAAUCCGCUGUCCAUAUUGAUCAGGUGUGUUUGCGUGGCGAAUGGCAUGUAAGCAUUGGCGAAUGGCAUGUAAGCAUUGGCGAAUGGCAUGUAAGCAUUGGCGAAUGUCAUGUAAGCCAUUCCGAAUGUCAUGUAAGCACUGGCGAAUGGCAUGUAAGCCAUUCCGAAUGACAUGUAAGCACUGGCGAAUGGCAUGUAAGCCAAUCCGAAUGUCAUGUAAGCAUUGGCGAAUGGCAUGUAAGCAUUGGCGAAUGUCAUGUAAGCAUUGGCGAAUGUCAUGUAAGCCAAGCCGAAUGUCGCUAACUAAUUUCAGUGGCGGUGAUCACCCUUCAUAAUUAAUUGCAUCCCGUCGCAUUAGCGCACGAGCUUAGCUAGGAAAAACAGUUCUUUCGAAAAAGCAAUCGAAAUAUGUGCGUCAAUCACAGGGCGAUUUUUUUAUGACCUUCCAAAAAAGUAAAAUUUUCAAAACGUAAGUAAAAUCUUCAACGAUCCGCGCGCUUUCGAAAAAAAGAAACUACCAUGCACGUUUUUCAAGCAACGUGAAAGCUUAUUGCGUCACAAGAGGUUUUACUUAAAGUCGAAAUUACAGCAAACAUUGCAUACUUUAGUUGAACUUAGCCGUUUGUAAGGUAAUUUGAAAAAGCUUCAAGCAUUUAAUUAUUACAGUAAUCAAAUGCUUAGCCCUAUAGCUCAUUCUUGAGCUGAAAUUCAGAACCGCGUCGUUGAGUCGACUGCGUCGUAGAUCUGAAACUCUCUAAUAACUGCAACUGCUCCAUGUACAUUUAUAAAAGAACCAGUUUCGAGCACGAGCGAAAAUAGCACGAGCGUACCGCGUAGCUUAGUUGUGCACUUGUGUUUUAUGUUUUGACUUGGCAUUUUUUUUCUUUAACAGCGCACUUUAACAUUGAUAGCAAAAAUGUCACGACAUCUUAGGGGCACAAACAACACGCAUGUAGCCAAUGCCACAGGCCGACCAAUCUUUGCACGAGUUGACGAAGAUGCACAGCAAAUAAAAUCCAUAAAGACUGAAAUCGAGGCAGAAUUUGGCGUCAAAGUAGGGACCGGCAAAGUUAACGUCGGCGUCAAUAGUAAGUUGAAGACCAAAACAGAAAUCGAGUACUUCGAGAAGAAACUUCGUCAAACACACGGGUUCACGACCAUCGGACCGGGGCAGUUUGAUAACUUUCCAUCAAACAAUCCUCAUGUGUCUAUCUUUUACAAGAACGGAAGUGGACUUGGUGAGGUGAUGAGCGAUACCAAGAAAGUAAGCCCAGAUAUUUCUGUUAUCGCGACACCUACAGGUUUGGUAACAAGCCAGUAUGGCAAUGUAUGGCUAGACGCGUCAGGAAAAAACUGGAAGCGUUAAACAUUAAGCAAAUAAAGCUUAAAGAACGGCAUGUCAAGUUCAUCUUUAUUAACUUUAUUACUAAAUUACUACUUUUGGGAAACUGAUAUUUUAUUUGAUUAAUAAAGUAAACAUAGGUCGUUAUCAUAUGUUAAUGAUUACGUUAUAAUGGUGUGUAAUUACUUAAGCUUAAAAGAACAGCAUGUCAAGUUCACCUUAAUUGACUUUAUUACUAAUUUACUACUUGUGAGAAACUGCUAAUAUAAUGUAAACAGAGUUCGUUAUUAUGUAUUAAUAAUUACGUUA